UGUUGGAAUUGAAGAACAGAUUUGGUUAUUCUGGAUGAAGCUGUGGCUCAAGUGAUGGCUCUUCUUCAGGCAUGACUUGGCAGCGAGGGGAAAAUGGAAGAGAGGUAUCAGGGUUGGAAGGAAGAGCAGGAAGGGAGGAAAUGGGAGAUCGGACUUGGGGAAAGAGGUUGAGUCAUUGAGAUGCAUACUAUCAAGUGACUUUUUAGAUUCAUGAGACAUAUUUGGGCUUAUGUGAUUAUGAUGAGGUUUAUUGGAAUCAAUAUUUUGGUCAAUGUCGUAAUUAGACUCUUCUUUUACUGAAGAUUUACUCAUUCCGUUAGCUUCAUUAUAUCUGAUUGGAUUCCAUCAUUCUGGAGCUUCUAUCAUUCUAAAAUUUUGAAAUUCUGGGGCCUGAAUAAAUAA